GAAAAGUAACUCAAACUGCUUCACACAAUCCCACUUACUCAAAAAACUUUAUUGUAUUUUCUUCAUCAACGAAAUUUCUCAAUUAUGAACAACGAGAUGAACGGAGAGUCGCCGGAAAAUCAACAUGUAACAAAACCGACGAUGCCAGAAAAGAUUGACUACGUGUUCAAAGUGGUAGUCAUCGGAGAUUCUGCUGUCGGCAAAACGCAGCUACUUUCACGUUUUACGCAGAAUGAGUUCUGUUAUGAUUCAAAAUCCACCAUUGGUGUCGAGUUUCAAACACGUACGAUCACUCUUCAGGGCAAACUUGUUAAAGCUCAGAUCUGGGAUACCGCCGGUCAAGAAAGAUACAGAGCGGUGACAAGCGCGUAUUACAGAGGCGCGUUGGGUGCGAUGGUGGUUUACGACAUAACCAAACGCGUCUCAUUCGACCACGUGGCACGUUGGGUUGAAGAAUUACGUGCUCACGCCGAUGAUUCCGCCGUGAUCAUGCUCGUCGGGAACAAAGCCGAUCUCGCCACCGAUAAACGCGCCGUUCCAACGGAGGACGCCGUCGAAUUCGCCGAGACCCAACGGCUUUUUUUCUCGGAAGUCUCGGCUCUAAGCGGCGGAAACGUCGACGACGCUUUUUUUCGUCUACUCGAGGAGAUAUUCCGUCGCGUUGUUGUUUCGAGAAAAGCUCUCGAAUCUGACGGUGGAUCUACCGUGAAGCUUGACGGUUCGAGAAUAGAUGUGAUCUCUGGUUCAGAACUUGAUAUUAGUAAGACGACGAUUGAACAAUCUUCAUGUUCGUGUUGAUGAUUUUUGAGUGAUGGGUCGAGUAUGGGCCAGAUACAUUGAGACAUAUAUAAGCCAUUUAAUUGGCUUUAUUUAAGCAACGUCUUUGUUUAUGGGCUUUUCAUAUAUCUUGUGAUUCUCUUUAACAUUUAUUUCAUACCAAAUCAAACCGUUUGAAACUAGACCUAA